AAGAUAUAUUUGAUUUAUUUUCUUUGCCGUGCGUAUUGUUUUUUAUAACUGUAGAAUUAUUGCCAUAUUAAUAUUAAAAAAAUUAUUAAAUUUGCCAAAAUGAUUGCAACAUCUUUUAAAGAAGGAGAUGAACCGACACCUGACCAUAUGAUGGAAAUGUCUGAAUCCGAAAUGAACACAUCCCGCCAUCAGUCGUCACAUUCUUCUUUAUCUAGUGAAGCCGACUUAUCAUUUUCUUUAACAGUUGAUAGAGAAUUGGAUCCACUGGUAAUUGGCGAUGAGCUGCCAGCGUUUGAAAUCAGACUAGUAUCACCACUGGGUCGUACACCUUCGCCUAUUGACACCGAUUUGGAAGAUUUACAAACACCAACGCGAGUGAUUCAGGUGGACGAUGAUUCUACACCAUGUGCCUGCUCAAGUUUAGAUUUUGUAACACUACAAGAGAUUAAUGCACAAAUCAGCCCUCCCACGGAUGAUGAAAAGAGCAAGACAAGUCUAAGCCGCUGCAACAGUCUGGAAACAAUUUUUGAAGGAGUGUUUUUAAAUACGCCGCCGAGAAGAGAAAGUAACGCUCGCAAUAUUAAUUCAAUGCGUGGCAAUCUCUUUGACAAAUUGAUAGCCAAUCGCCUAAGCGCAGGCAAAGAAAACCAAUUGCCGAACGGUGCCACUGCUUUAUUAAAUUCACCUACGAAAACCCGUUCGAAUCUCGAAAAUAGCAAAUCAACUGAAGAUAACAGCCCGCCAAAAUGAAAUAGAUAGACCAUGCACCAUAUUGAAUGCUACUUGCAAGCUUUGCUAAUAAAUGACUGCUAGACUUAAAAAAAAAAAACAAUGUAAUAUAAUAUAAUAAAGGAUAUAUACAUAAUUACGUC